AUGCGUGCAGGAAAUCAGAAUGUCGAGAGGCACGCGUCUCCUGCAAUCACAUGGCAGUUUAUUGCCUUUGCAUCUUUGUUCUUCAUCCUGGUCUCCAUCACCACAUUCUGCUUGGAGACCCAUGAGGCUUUCAACAAAAUCAUCAACAAGACUGACGUAUGGAACGGCAGCGAGCCCGACCCAAUUCCACAAUACGAGAUUGAAACUGAUCCUGCGCUCACGUAUGUGGAGGGCGUUUGUGUGUUCUGGUUCACCAUCGAGUUUCUCGUUCGUGUGACCUUCUGCCCUGUAAAGUUGGAGUUUGUCAAGAGUGUUCUCAACAUCAUUGACUUUGUGGCUAUUCUGCCCUUUUACCUGGAGGUAGGGCUGAGUGGCCUUUCUUCAAAGGCCGCCAAAGAUGUGUUGGGUUUUCUCAGGGUCGUGCGCUUUGUUCGUAUUCUGCGCAUCUUCAAGCUAACACGCCAUUUUGUAGGGCUAAGGGUGCUGGGCCAUACAUUGCGAGCCAGCACUAAUGAAUUCCUGCUGCUAAUCAUCUUCCUGGCCUUGGGAGUGUUGAUUUUUGCCACCAUGAUAUAUUAUGCUGAAAGAAUUGGUGCCAAGCCCAAUGACCCCACGGCCACCAACCACACCAAGUUCAAGAACAUCCCCAUUGGCUUCUGGUGGGCAGUGGUGACCAUGACUACUUUAGGCUAUGGAGAUAUGUAUCCAGAGACCUGGUCAGGCAUGGUGGUGGGAGCGUUGUGUGCUUUAGCUGGUGUACUGACGAUAGCCAUGCCUGUGCCGGUUAUCGUCAAUAAUUUUGGGAUGUACUACUCUUUGGCCAUGGCAAAGCAGAAGCUGCCCAAGAAAAGGAAGAAACACAUCCCUCAGGCAGUACAAGGAAGUUCUCCAACAUACUGUAAAGGUGACCUCAACACGACUUGCAACACCACUCAAGGUGACAUGUGCCAUGUCAAAGGGGGUAGAUUACUAGAAUGCAAUCGUUCAGUUCUGUCAGUGGACUGCAGCGCUGGCAGCGACCUGAGCAUGUCUCCGGAGGAGAUAGUCCCCAUGCGAAGGUCCAGUUCACGGGAACAUGACCGCCGGAGUGGGGGGACAUGCUUCCUCCUUGCUGCUAGUGACUAUACGUGCCCUGCUGAUGGAGGGAUGAGAAAAGCAGGCUAUGAGAAAUCCCGGAGCUUAACGAACAUUGCUGGCAUAGCUGGUAACACCCUGAGGUUGUCUCCUGUGAACUCACCCUACGGAUCACCCUGCCCACUACGCCGCUCUCGCUCCCCUAUCCCAUCCAUCCUGUGAGGCCUCCAGCCCAUGGUUGCUCAACAUGCUCCCCCUAAAAGAACAUGCUUCCUUCACAUUGUGUCUGAAAUCUACAUAAUAAUGAGACUAGAACAAACAUUGCUGACAUUGCAGCAGAGACUAAUGUUCAUAGGCUGGCAAUCUUAGCGGAAGGAACGUGUGUUAACAUCCUUAAGUAACAUGAUUGUUCUGCUUUGUCACUUGGAGUUCUCUUUAGUUCAAUGGCUUUGUAAUUUUGGACAUGCAAUAAAGGAGCCCUGACUGAAGUAGCAGCCAUAAACACAUGGAACUAUAUUACUAAUCAGGGAUAUUAGAUGUCGCUAUAUUUAGAAAAUCAUCAACAAAGAUGUGCUUCCAGGAACAAAAAAAAAGAGAGAUGUCACAGCAUUUAAAA